UAGCGCAAAGGUUAACAUUCCCGUCAAGAUUGACAGGUGAAAAAAAUCCCGUUGACCUGAUUUUGUCACCAUAGUAAAUACUGUAGCUGUUAACCAUGAUUUCAUAGGACGAUGUCGGGGAUAUGAAAAGAUAAUGCUUCCUUCUUUCAUAUAACACGGUUAGCCAUUUGUAAAUUAUCCUCAUUUGACAUCCUCGUGUCGGUAAUAAUUGAACAGUUUUAUACAAGUUGAACAAAUGUAGUUCUCUUAAAGUAAAUAGAAGACAAUUGUAGAGCUUCUAACAGAUGAAAACACUUCAAUGACAGAGCGAGGAGAUAAUUAUCAACAUUAUAGAACGGUAGCAUCUUUAAGAAAUGUAGAGACAAGGAAAUCAAGUAUAAGUGAAUUAAAUUAUUACUGGGAAGAUAUUACCAGAGUGGAAGCUAAUGAAAAGUUAUUGGAUGCUGUUGACGGAAGUUUUCUUGUUCGUGAUUCGUCAACUGAGGGAGAGUAUACUCUUGUCUUGAGGAAAAAUGGAACAAACAAGUGUAUUAAGAUAUUACAUCAAGAAGGAAAAUAUGGUUUCGUGGAACCAUGUACAUUUAAUAGUAUAUCAGAUAUUGUUGAUUAUUUUUCAAAGAAUUCUUUAGAACAGUAUAACCCAGCAUUAGAUAUUAAACUUCUAUAUCCCAUAUGUAACAACAAUGAUGAGCUAGUAGUAUCAUUUGAAGAUAUAGAAAGAGCCAUGCAUUAUUUAGUUGAAAUCAACACAUCACAUCUUGACUUAGUUAAAUCAUUUAACAGAGAUCAUAGAAAAUUUGACUAUGUUUUAGGGGAAAUGAAAAGAUCACAUUUAACAAUAGAAGCAUUAGGUAUGAUGCGGAGAAUGUUUCAAGAACAGCAGAUAUUAAUAGAAAAUAAUCAAAAUAUGAUUAAAGCAGAGGAUGUUGAAUGUAUAUCGAACAACAUUGGAAGAUUAACAAGUCGUUUGAAUGAAAUAGAGCAGAACUUACAACAACAAUAUAUAGUUAUAAAAGACUAUUCUAACCAGUAUAAUCAAUUAACAGCUGAUAUAUGUAAUAAAAAACUAGAAAUAAAGCGAUCAAAUCAACUCCGUAAUAAUAUUAGACGACGUGUAAUUAAUCUGGGUAUAUCAGAUAAUUAUGUUGAUGGAUUAUUAGAAGAAGAGAAGGAUGAAGAUAUCCCUCAUUAUGAUACACGGUUAUGGCUAUUACAGAAAGACAGAACAGAAGCUAAUAUUUUACUGGAAAAUAAACCACAUGGUAGUUUUUUAGUUCGACCUAAAGACACAAAUACUCCAUAUAUUCUGUCUGUCAAAUGUGUUGAUAAAGUAGAACAUUGUAUAAUAUAUUUUAAUAAAAACAAGAAGACCUAUGGCUUUACGAAGGAAUUCUGUUUUUUCAAAACAUUGACUGAUUUGGUUAUUAAAUAUCGCCGUAUUUCACUGGUUACACACAAUGAAAAUGUGGAUGUUAAUUUAAUCUACCCAGCUCUAUCUGUACAUUGAAAACAAGAAGCAAGAUCUAUCUGUCUGUCAGUCUCAUAUUUUAUUACCUACAUCUAAAUAUGUAGGAUAAUGUUCAACUGUAGUCUUGAAAUUUUCACUUUAGAUACCCCAGAUAUUACUUCCAUUGUCAUAUACUGUAUUUCAUAUUCUUCUAACACUUAGUCAAAAAUUUCCCCAAAAAUCUGAAACUGUUCAGUGAUUUUAAACAUUUUAGUCAGUGCUGAAUUUACUUAUAGGCUUGGCUGACUGAAGCCUAGGGCCUCAAGAUCUAGGGACUAUCUGUCAAGGUGUAUUAUAUUUUUGACACUGUCAUAAGCCUUUCUUUCCUGUACAGUUGUCUUAAACAUCCAUCAUCAUCCUUGGCUUUGCACAAUUGUGUUUAAAACCAGCCUCUGCAUCUUCAGUGGUCUCAUUCCGUUCUACUCCAGAUAAUUUGAAUACAUGUCUCCCCCAUAGAUGAACCCAGAUGUUAGUGGAGUGGAACAGAAUGAGUCCACUGGGUUUAAAACACACCUUCAUUUUUCUCUCUAGCAGUGAGAGUAGGUGAUUUGGAUGUGCCUCAUUAAAGGAAUAGUUUAGGGUCUUGAUCUAAAUCCGGCACUGAUUUUAGUACAAAGUAAUAAUUAUUGUUUUUAUCAUGAUAGUAAAUGAAUUACAAUUUUAAAGGAGAUCAAUGAUGUAUUAUUUGUAGUGUAUAUACAUGUAUUUUUAAUUAUUUGUAAUUAUUUUUGUAUCAAAGAUAAAUACAUGCAUGGAGAUGUUAAUUUUUGUGAUAAUAUACACUUAGACUCUGUAACUUGUAGUCAGGACACAUAAUGUCAUACCAUUGUACCUAUAUCAUUCCAUUCCUUGAUCUUGACACUCAUAUUGGCUGUAGCUUAUAAGUAGAGAUUCUAUUUAUAAUUAGUUUAAACCGCUCAUAUUAUGCACAGAAAAUAUUCCUUCCAAAUUUGAUAAUUUUCCGGUUUGAUGAACAUCAGAUGUUACUUUCAUUCCAUUUAUUCAGACUGUGAUCACUUCAUUAAUGUAUAAUUAGUGAUAAUCAAAGUAUUUUAAAGUACUGCACUUUUAAAAAAUUAAAAAAUAUACAUUAUAUAGGUAUCAGGAAAGUCAUGGUCAAAAUGUUGAGACACUUCUGAUACUUGACUUAAGUAGAACACAAAGUAUCUGUUAAAGAUUUAAAAAGCCACCAAGGUAUACAAGGAAUGCCAUAUUAACUUCUUAUAGUUAUAGAUGAAGGUGUAGAAAGUUGUAAAGAUAGUGGUGUUACCCCUUUUUAAGGAAACCCCACAACAAUUAUGAUCCAAUCUGAAAUCUUUCAUCUACCCAAUAUAUUCUAUUUUUUCUUAUCCUGUCCCUUCAGCACUGUGUUUUAGCAUUCAGCAUUCUUACCUCCUUCAGUUCAACUGUGUUUAGUGUUUAUAAAGAUUCAUGACUAGAGUGGAUAGAUGUUAUUAAUCAAAAGAAAUAUUUUUGAAAUAUUAUGAUGUUACUUUGUGUUUUUUUUUUAUUUUAUUUAAAUCAAUCAAAACUUUUUAAUGCUUAAUUUUAUCAAAAUGUUUUUCAAUAAAAGGUGAAAAUUACA